AUGUCUGAACUUCACCAUCUUUUAACUUUCCCCAAAAGGCCAAUUACCGAGGAAUUUUAUGUCAAAGAAUUAAAUGACCUUUUAAAGAGUGGCAUUCCUGCUACUUAUACUUUAGAACAAGUUGCUGAAUUUGAAAGAAAUGAAAAGAAAAAAUUAGAAGACCCAAACUAUAAGGAAGAGGAAUCUAAAUCUGAUGAUGAAGAAUCAUCUUCAAACACUACCCCUUUACAUAUUAUGUCGAGAUCUUUACCAAAAGAUUUAACAAAAAGUGAAGAAGAAGUUAUUCUAAAAUUAAUGGAUAUCUUAUUUGAAUAUGGUGCUGGUUGGAAUUUCAUUGAUUACGAAAAUAAAACUAUUGGUGAUUUAUUAUUAGAAUGGAACUCUAGCGUAGAGACACCUUUAUAUCGUAGAUUAGUUGAUGCUGGUGUAAGUGCUGAAUUAUUAUUAAGAGUGAUUAAUGGCGGUGAGGUUGAAUUUCUUGAUAAUGAUAAUUUUGCAGAAUUUGAAGAUAAUGAUGCUAACAACUCACAAGAAAUUACAACUGAACAAGAAACUGCUGAGGUACCCCAAAAAAUUGAACCAAUCUCAGCUGACCAUGAAGAUGCUACAGCUGCUCAUUCAGAGACUUUUUUAAAUACUAAAUUAGAAUACACUGAUGAUGCAUUGGUGACAAAGACUAAUAGAGAUGGGGUAAUGAUGGAUUGGGAAACUAAUAUUAUGAAGCUUGCAGCAAACACAUUGGCCCCAAAACACGGUGCAACUGUUAUCAACAUUGGUUUUGGUAUGGGUAUUAUAGAUACCUUUUUACAACAAAAUAAACCUGCCCAUCACUUUAUUUGUGAAGCUCAUCCAGAUGUUUUAUCUCGUAUGAAGAAAGAUGGCUGGUAUGAACGCCCUGGUGUUACAAUAUUGGAAGGCCGCUGGCAAGAUACUAUUCCAACUUUAUUUGAUUUAGAUGAACCAGUUUUCUUCGAUGGUAUAUAUUAUGAUACUUUUUCUGAACACUAUAAUGAUAUGUUAGCUCUGUAUGAUACUAUUGUAGGGUUACUCCAACCCGAAGGUGUCUUUUCAUUCUUUAAUGGUCUAGGUGCUGAUCGCCGUAUUUGCUACGAUGUUUAUAAAAAAAUUGUCGAAGUAGAUGUCUCCCAAUAUGGACUAAAAUGUACUUAUGAAACUAUUAACGUUGAACAAGAUGAUGAACGUUGGGAUGAAGUUCGUCGUUCUUAUUACAAUUGUCCUGUAUACUACCAUCCAAUUAUUCGUUUUGCAUAG